CCCAAAGCGCAGGGCUCAGACCCCUGCAAGCCAAGCGCCGGGACCAUGUCUGCCGAGCCCGCGAGCGGCCCCACGGAGGACCAGGUGGAGAUCCUGGAGUACAACUUCAACAAGGUCAACAAGCACCCGGACCCCACCACGCUGUGCCUCAUCGCGGCGGAGGCCGGCCUGUCGGAGGAGGAGACGCAGAAAUGGUUUAAGCAGCGCCUGGCCCAGUGGCGGCGGUCGGAAGGGCUCCCCUCUGAGUGCAGAUCCGUCACGGACUGAGUGGACGGCGGGGCCUGGGCAGCGUCCAGCCUCUCUCCAUGAAGACCGAGUGCUCCCCCUCUCCCCGGCUUAACCAGGCUGCUUUGGUUUGGCAAUGUAGCGCUGUGUGUCCCCUGGCUAACUGUCCUGCUGUUUAACACAAUACGGUGUCUUGUUCAUGUACAGAACUAGAAAAGAAAGUGGUGCUGGGGAGCAGUGUGCAGAGCCCCCAUGGAGAGCGUGGCUUGGCCCUGCAGGUCCUGUGGCCGGUGCAGGGAGACCCACCUGCACCUCCUGUGACCUUCACCUCCCGGUUGUCGUGUUUGCUCUCUCCACCCAUCCUGGAGCCAUGCAGGCAGCCCGCUACUGGAAAGGCGACAUGGCAGAGAGGGGAAGAUACUUCUUCCGAAUCUGUUACCUAAGUCAUUUUCCUUCUGUUCCAUUUCAUACCUGGAUGAUCGAGGGAGAAUGCACAGGGCUGUCUGAGUGACUCAAAUUCCAUAACACAGGUCCUUGGCUGGCAGCUGCGUGAACUUGGGAAGAACCCAGCUAGGUUAGAAGGCAGGUGCCCCAGCUGGCGGAAAAGCAAGUAACAAGCAAAAAAAGAAAAAGUCUAUAAAAGGCUUCCAUUUAUCUUAUUUAAAUGCAUUUGUUAAAUUUAUUUUGCUACG